UUUUUUUUUUACUAAAUACUGGACCUCGCAAAGUCAAGAAACUCAAUUUUUUGGUGGCAUCGGGCGCCAAAUUAACGUUAUCUUCUCCCCCUGUGUUCUGCUUGACUGCAUCCAUCCAAAUUCUUUGCCCAACAGAGAAAUGGCCUCAGCCACUUUAACGCGUACGUUCUACAAUCUCAGCAGUCUAGGCUCCUCCAAACCUCACGUUCAGAGAAGUCUGGACUCUCGCCGUACCGUCGGAACUGGAGGAAGGAAGAGUGAAGUCCGGUGUGAGGCGGUUGGAGUCGCAGCCGGAAAUCGGAAGCCGCUGGUGACCACCGUUAAGAACGGGAAUGAUUCGCUGGAGAUAUGCAGAGUACUUAACGGAAUGUGGCAAACAAGUGGCGGUUGGGGCAGAAUCGACCGUGAUGGUGCCGUUGACGCUAUGCUCAAGUACGCCGAUGCUGGUCUGUCCACCUUCGACAUGGCUGAUCACUGUAAAAUCCAUGAAUUCCAUCUCACUUUACAUUGAAACCCUAGUUUUUAUUACCUUGUAUACGAUGAAUCUAAUUGCGAUUUAGUUUCAUUACCACAUUGAUUUCUACAACGGAAUUGAAUUUCUAAUCUGUUCGAGUGAAAUUUCUCCUCCUCUCGGUGUCCAAAAAGUUUGAUUUACUGUACUUUCCCUAACGAAAGAGCAGAUAGGCGAGUGUUUUGAAAGUAGCCACGUGGCACCAUCUCGAUCAACAAUUCUCAUCCCCAAGAUUUAUCUUUUUGUUACAAUUUAUCCCAACUUCUUUCUCACAUCGCACAUACCAGUUGUUAUUAUUUUUCCUGCUACCUCUUUCCAUUCUUCGAAAUGACAGAGCUGUUAAACCACUCGUUUACUCACUUCACCUUGAAUUCAAUCAAACCAAAGUUCAAUAGAGGAUUUGAAACUCGAAAAUCAAUCUCAAGAACAGUCCAUUGUGUGUUAACAGAAGAUAAAAAAGUAUCUGUGGUUAAGAAUGGGAAAGAUUCUUUAGAAAUUUGCCGUGUAGUUAAUGGAAUGUGGCAAACUAGUGGUGGAUGGGGCAAAAUUGACAGGGACAAUGCCAUUGAUGCCAUGCUCAAGUAUGCUGAUGCUGGCUUUUCCACCUUUGAUAUGGCUGAUAUAUAUGGGCCUGCAGAAGAUCUUUAUGGCAUAUUCAUUAAUCGUGUUCGCAGAGAACGCCCACCUGAGUUUUUAGAAAAUGUCAAAGGUUUAACCAAGUGGGUCCCACCCCCAGUUAAAAUGACAAGCAGUUAUGUCCGGAAAAACAUUGAUAUUUCCCGCAAAAGAAUGGAUGUUGCCUCCUUGGACAUGCUUCAGUUUCAUUGGUGGGAUUACUCUAAUAAUGGCUAUCUUGAUGCCCUUAAACACCUUACAGAUUUGAAAGAUGAAGGUAAGAUCAAGACUGUAGCUUUGACUAACUUUGAUACAGAGAGGUUACAAAUUAUUCUGGAAAACGGGAUUCCAAUUGUUAGCAAUCAGGUUCAACAUUCACUUGUGGACAUGCGACCUCAACAAAAAAUGGCAGAACUCUGCCAGCUCACCGGAGUAAAACUUAUAACAUAUGGAACAGUGAUGGGAGGAUUAUUAUCUGAGAAGUUUCUAGAUACCAAUUUGUCAAUUCCAUUUGCUGGACCUCCACUCAACACUCCUUCUCUUCAAAAAUACAAAAGGAUGGUUGAUGCAUGGGGUGGAUGGAGUCUGUUUCAAGCUCUGCUCAAGACACUAAAUCAAGUGGCAUUGAAACAUGGAGUCACAAUUCCAACUGUUGCUGUGAAGUUUGUAUUAGAUCAGCCGAGUGUAGCGGGGUCAAUGGUUGGUGUUAGGCUUGGGUUAUCUGAACAUAUUAAGGACUGUAGUGCUGUGUUUUCACUUAAACUUGAUGAAGAAGAUGUCAGCAGCAUUAGGGAAGUGAUAAGCAAGGGAAAAGAUUUAAUGAGAGUGAUUGGUGACUGUGGAGAUGAAUAUAGACGUGCAUAAAUGAAGCACAAGGAACAUAUAGUAUUUGUUGUAUUAUGCAAAUGAAUAAUUAUAGACACACGGAGAUAAGAAAUUUGUUUUUGGAGAAGUUUCUUUUCAAGCUAUGUUUUAGUAUGGACUGUGGAAAAUUCUAACUUUGUGAUUACAAUUUACGAUGCCUCAAUUUUAUAUACAAUGUCUAUUGCUACUGCCCAAAGUUGCC